UUGUCAUCCUUGAACAAGCACAAACACACAGAAAGAGCUGCAAUCACUCGCACACAACACACAUCACACAGUCACAGUUUGUCCGAAUCGGCGUCGCCAAUGUUGCCUUACGCCACCAUCGACGACGCGGAGGCGGCUCUCGGCAGAUCCCUCUCGGCCGCCGAGACCCUCUGGUUCAAUUACUCCGCCACCAAGUCCGAUUACAUCCUCUACUGCCACAACAUCAUCUUCCUCUUCCUCAUCUUCUCUCUCUUCCCCUUCUACUACCUCUUCCUCGAAUACUUCUUCUCCAAUUCCGUCGCCCCCUUCAAAAUCCAGCCCAAGGUCAGGCUCUCUUUCUCCGACACUCUCCGCUGCUACAAAUCGGUAAUGCGUACCUUCUUCCUUAUCGUCGGCCCGCUUCAGCUCGUCUCCUAUCCAUCCGUUCAGCUGAUAGGAAUAAGAACCAGCUUGCCACUGCCUUCAUUUUCAGAAAUUGCCCUGCAAUUGGGGGUCUAUUUCCUUGUGGAGGACUACACAAACUAUUGGGUCCAUAGGUUUCUGCAUUGCAAGUGGGGGUAUGAGAAAAUCCACAAGGUGCAUCAUGAGUACACUGCUCCCAUUGGCUUUGCUGCGCCCUAUGCUCACUGGGCCGAGAUUUUGAUCCUCGGGAUCCCCUCUUUUCUAGGGCCCGCCAUUGCCCCGGGCCAUAUGAUUACAUUCUGGUUAUGGAUUGCUUUCAGGCAGAUUGAGGCUAUUGAGACUCACAGUGGGUAUGACUUCCCGUGGACUCCGACAAAGUAUAUUCCGUUUUACGGGGGCCCAGAUUACCAUGAUUACCAUCACUAUGUUGGUGGACAGAGCCAAAGUAACUUUGCAUCAGUAUUCACCUACUGCGAUUAUAUCUAUGGCACUGACAAGGGAUACCGCUACCAAAAGAAAGUUCUUCAGCAGCUACGCGAGGGGCUUGAAACCAAGAACGAGCAGAGUGGACUUUUGCACGACCAAUUUGCACAAAGCCAUAAAGAGGACUAGUUUAGGGAUGACAAGAACAGUUUCUGGACAAAUUACUUUGGCCCAAAGGCAUAUCUAAGUCUCUGCUUCAUGUCCACCUCUCGUAGUUCUUGUCAUUCAGUGGAGGUUCGACUUUGCUUGGUGCUGUUAGAGUAUGUCAGCCGGUAGGCUUUCGAGCUUUUACCCCUGUGUAGUUUAGGUAGACAUAACCUUAUAUGGUUUGUGGUGUGUACCUUGCUAUCUAUGUCGAUCCAAAAGCUUGUGAUUGUUGAUUUUGGUAUAAGUUGCUUGCUUGUCUUUUUAUACUAUAUUAUGGGAUUUAUCUUGUUUUA